AUGAAGAUUGACAAGGAGUACAAGGACAAAGAGCAACACAUCUUAAAGGACCUUUUCUCAAAUGAGUCCUUUUAUGAAGUCGUUCGGGACAACCAAGUUAAGCUAUUCAACUCGUUCAACACGUUAGCGAAUAGGAUAAUAUUGGAAUUCCCUCCUUCUUUUUAUCUCUACUUGAAACAGAAGGAGCUUGUCGAUUUUAUGCUAAUCGUAUGGCAGUACUCCCUCUCCGUUAAGUAUUACUCUCCAUCUUCUAUCAUUAAGCAAUCCAACCCUGAAACCUCCUUCGGAUUAGCUUUCUCUCCAGAGAUAGCUAAACUGAAUCACAGCUGUGUUCCAACAUGCUCUUUUUAUUAUGACGAGGAUGGGACCCUAACUGUCAGAUCGAUAUGCAAUAUCCCUCAAGGAGGGAAACUGUGCAUAAGUAUUUUAUCGGAUCAGUAUGUCCCCCUGAGUGUUAGAAAGAGUUGCCGAGGAAUGGCUCGUAUUUUUAGUUGUGGGUGCAUUAGGUGCACCGACUCAACGGAAAAUAACUUGCAUCUUAGAAGUAUGAGGUGCCCCAGGUGCAUUGUGGGGUAUAUCUACCCGAUGAAGACAGAGGCAUUGAUCGAGGCGCUCCACAUGGAAGGGGAAGAAGAAGAACGUCGACAACGUGGAAAGGGAGACUCGAUCCGUAAAGGAAAGCUAACCGAUGAUAGAAAGGAGACUGCCAAAGAUGUGGCACGCAAACUGGCGGGGGACGCAGAACGAUGGUUGUGCUCAAACUGCGGGAAGUUAUCCCUUCAGGGAAACAAGCGGUGCGUACGUCUGGAGAGAAGCAUCUACGCCCAGUACGAAGACGCGGAAAUGAAGUAUAUGCAAGGGGACAUCAUCCAGGCGAAGAAGAAGCUUUUACAGAUACACAACGAGGUGCAGUACCUACUGCACCCGAACCAUCACAUCCUGUUCAAUGUGUGUACAUUGCUAGCAGGUCUGAUGAGAUACGAUCCUAACAGAAAAUUACAUGACUCCUUAUUAUUUUUACGAAAGGCAGUAAUAGCAGCGGAAAACGUCUUCCCGGUAUGCUCACUGGAGAAGGUCCACCUGUAUGCACACCUGGCUCAUUACACCUUCAACUAUUCGAAUCAUUGCAAGUUGUAUAUGAAAGCAGGUGGGAUAGAUGCAGAAUCUGUAAUAGAACCCAUUUUUGCAUCUAUCUGGAAUGCAAUGGUGACAACAGGAUCUAAUUCGACUCUAACCAUUACGUUAAUACAACAGAUGAGGACCUAUGCCAUCUGCUUCAAUGUGUACAGUCCGUACAGAGAGAUAGAGUUUUACAUUAACAGGAAGGAAGAGUACAGUAAAUUUUAUCAUCAUGUGACACAAAAAAAAAACGAAUCACAUAGAAAAAUUAAAAAAAUAAUGAAGGAAGAUCCAUUCUACCCGAUCUACAUGGCAUGCCAAUGUUUCGAUAUCGAUUAUGAGAAAGAAAAUUACGUGCCUCACAUUUUCAAGCUAUUCAAACACAUGCAAUACGUUGGAAAUGGACAGAAUGCACUCUCCAUUGCUGCAUCCUUUGGAAACGUAAAAUUAGUGAAGGUUCUCCUAAAGCUAAACUACUCUCCUUUUUCUAAAAAUGAAUUACACAUGAAUGCUCUCCUACACAUGGCUAGUUCAUUCCUUCCAUAUGAACAGACAAACCGUUAUUCCAAUUACGUCCACAUUUUGUUACAAGAAAUCGAAUCUCAGAAGGUGGGACUGGACAACUUCGAAGCUGAAUACAACACCUUAUUGCAUGGGGAGGAUAUACCAAAGGAUGGAGGGGGUACCACCAUAAUGGCUGUGCAAGACGGACACAACAACUCGUACCUCUGGGCAAACGACAUGGAAAGACCCUUCCCCUUUGGGGAAGACCUCCUCCAGGAUGAAGAAUUCACCUACGGACCAGCUAGCCAAAAGCUAGACACGAAUCAAAAAAUUAUUCUGACCAUUCUUCUGAAACAUUUAGACGCCAAACAGAUGUACAAGCGGAGGAAGUACAAGGAUAAGCUCAGAUUCAAUGAGUACGUUAGCCUCGCUGCUGCACGAAGGAGGCGCAGGGACGUGGAGAAUGCAGCAUAUGGAAUACACAGUGCACACGCGCUACUGUCGUCCCCACCCCCCAGCUACGUCGGUACCACCAACGAGAGGAGGGGGAAGUCCAAUCAUGGCGAAGCCAAAACAGGAGCAGAAGAAAGCAUCAUCCAAACUGGGAUAAGCAGUCAUUAUCGCAUGGCAGGUUCAUCAAAAAGGGACUACCCCAAGAAGGAGAAAAAAAAAAACCGUUUGAAUCAUCCAAAGAGGAGAAGCAACUCAGGCGAAAGCACCUCGCCCACGUGUAGCAGCUUCGAUUCGGGAAAGUCAGACGACGUCCUGAACAACAAAGUGAAGCACUAUUAUGUUCAAAAAAUUCUCACCAAAUCCAUUUCGCAUAAACUGCUAGGCUUGAACAAUGCACUCCACUAUGCAUGCAGAAGGGGAAAGAGAAAGCUAGCGAAACAGCUAAUAAUUUGUGGCGUGCCAGUAAAAUUACUGAACAGUGAAGGAAGCACAGCUCUCCAUAUGGCAUGCCUAAGUGGACAUGACGUAAUUGUAAAGACGUUAUUAAAAUAUCACACUGAAGUAGAUCUAAUGACAUCUCAUGGAGAAACUCCACUCAUGUUAGCUGCAUAUGGUUUGCAUCUGCAUGUUAUAAAGACCUUAAUAGAAAAUGGGGCACAAGCCACUUUAAAAAAUAAGGACAAUGUUACUGUUCUGCAUUGCCUCGUACAAGGACUGCUACGCACACAUACGAUUUAUUAUGACCACAGAGUAUACCAUGACGAUGUAUCAUCUGUCUCUCUUGGGGGACCACUCAUGAAGAAGAAAGGAAUUUCCAACAGCUUCUCCGAUGAAACGAGUCACCAUCUCACUGCACAUGUCCCCAUUAUAGAAGACUUACCGACAGACCUUUUACUUCUCCCCUUUAAACUACUACAUAGGAUUAAAAAGGCUAUCACGAUAUUGAAACUGCUAAUUAUGUACUGCCCUUUGUAUUUGUAUGACAUAAAAGACAUGAAUGGAUACAACCCCUUUGAGGUGUUGAAGGCUGCUUGGAGGAGAGUGUGUGAGAGACGCAUAUGCUUGUUGGCGAAUGCCGAUUUGAAGUUUUCUACCUUUAGUGAUCACCAGAAGAAUAUCGUCUCCCAGGGGUGGUCUCUCAUCACGGCACUUGUCAAUAUGAUACUCUCCAUUUUGCGCCCCGAUCGGUCAGUGCUCACCUCCAUCUACGCGAGCUUCCUGGGGGGGGAGGCCAUCCCACAAUUAGGGGCCACCCGGCAGGGAGAGGCCACCCAACCGGGAGAGGCCACCCAACAGGGAGAGGCCACCCAACAGGGGGAGGCUUCCCAACCGGGAGAGACCUCCCAACCGGGAGAGACCUCCCAACCGGGAAAGGCCACCCAACCGGGAAAGACCUCCCAACCGGGAGACACUCCCACCCCUGGCGCCCCCCCGAUGAAGCCCACUGCCCAGCUGAACCCCCCCGGGGAACCCAAAUCUGCUGCAAGCGAAAAGGCGGCGAUCGUCCCGAAAAAAAUGUGGCCCAAGAAGGCGAAGCUGCCACCCCCUCCGAAGAGGCAGUAG